CCAACCAUCCAUCCAUCACUCACCCAUCCACCCAACCAUCCAUCCAUCCACUCACCCAUCCACCCAACCAUCCAUCCAUCCAUUCACCUAUCUACCCAUCCACUUACCCAUCCAUCCAUCCAUCCAUCCACUUUACCAAUCCAUCCAUUCAUUCAUCCACUCAACCAUCCAUCCAUCCAUUCACUUAUCUACCCAUCCACUUACCCAUCCAUCCAUCCAUCCAUUCACCCAUCCGGCCCCACGUGGCACCACACGGAGAAGGUGUUCAGGAAGGGUGUGCUGAGUUCCGAGGUCCUGGGCCAGGGGCACCCAGAAGGCCAGGCUGGGGACCUCCACAGCUGCUAG